CUCAGAUCUGUUACUGUUGCCCUCAAGUUACCCCUCUAUGUACUCUACCCCUCUCUCGCUCUCUUACGCCUACCCUCUCUUUGUACCCUCGUAUCCUCCUCCUCCCGUCCCCUUCCCACAUAAACUCUACUCUACUUCAUCAAACUCGCUUCUUCAUCUCCAUCCUCAUAUUUCUAGCUUCGUGGCAUUGUCACAGCUUCACUCUCCUAUAACACAUACGUCACUUCCAUACCUAUAUACAUACGAUACAGCUGGCAUCUAACUGCAGCUCCACGACUGGCUUCUAUCUGCUCUUUACCCCUCGAUCCCAACAAUAGCUAACCAGCUAUCCAACCUCAAACAUGCCUUCCUUCAACUUCCCCAACCUGGCCAUCGCCGUUGCUCUGCUUGUCCUUUUCGCUCGUCCCGCUCAUGCUUUUGGCGCAGGUAACAUCGCUGCAACCUCAGCUAUUGAGGGCACAAACUGGCGCCAUGGCGAUAUCGAAGAUACCCUCCUCCUCCUUGCCAUGUCUCGCGCUGCGGGAGGCAAGAAGUUUGAUAAAAUGAGCGUUUCCCGUGUUUACUUUGGUAACUGGCUGAGAGAUUACUCCCAGGCUAUUGAUGUCGGCACGGUCAAGUACGUCUCCGCCGAGGCCAUCCGCAUUCUCCUCUGGGUCCUUGGUUUCAUGACCUUCGGCUACGGCACCGGCGAGUUCGAAGUCACCGCCGAACGCCUUGGCUGCUACCGCCCCGAAGACCACAUCGACAACCCAAAAGACUACGCCGAUAACCUUGAUGCUACCCAGUACGACCGCCGCCUUCGUGGCCCCGUCGACGAGCGUGUCGAACUGGCAAUCGAUCAGCGACGUGGCAUGAAGAACUAUAUUGCGAGCGAGGAGAUUGGCAUUACCACGUCUGCUGGCCACGUCCGAAAACUAUUCUCGAAAUGCAUUCAACUCGGACGAUCAUAUGGACGCAGCAAGAACAAGGAUGAGCUGUAUGAAGCUCUCCGUCUUCUUGGUACCGGUCUGCACUGCUUGGAAGAUUUCAGUGCUCACUCCAACUACAUCGAGCUUGCUCUUAUCGAGAUGGGCGAGACCGACGUGUUCCCGCUGGUUGGCCGCAACACCCAGAUCCGUCUUCAAGGUGCUCGCUCUUCCGUCUACCCUCUCGUGACCGGUACCUUCGGCGGUGUCGAUUUCCUCCACUCCGUCAUGGGUGAAUUCGAUGACAAGGCCACCCAGAGCGAAAUCCAGCAGCUUGAGGGGACCAUGCAGAAUGGCAAGAAUGCCGACACGAGCUUCUUGAGGGAUAUUCUUAACAAGAUCCCAAGCGGAAUCUUCGGUGACGAUGACGAGGCUGGAAAGGCCGAGGAGCUCCGAACUAACGCCACCACCGCCCAGAUGAACCAGAUCCGCGUGUCUCCCAGAGAGCCCGAGGCCUUUACUCGCCAGAUGCAAGAGUGCGUCAAGCAGAUAUACCCUAUCAUUGAGUGGCACGACAACCUCAUGAAGAAGAUCUCCAGUGCCAUCGAGAAGAUCCCCAUUCUCCCAGAGCUGAUCGAGCAACUCGAGAACCAGGUCAACAUCUUCGUCUUCAGCCUGUUGGCACCCUUCGUCCUCCCUCUCAUCAACCAGAUGAAGAACGAGCUCAACGAGGGCUCAUCCGAGAUCAUCAGCAGCAGCAAGGCCCAACAGCACAACGUCUUCCAAGAUGACCAGAGCUCCGACCCAACCCACUCCAUGCUCUCCAAGGACCACUUCAGCAGCAUCCUCAACGAGCCCGCCGGCAAGAUCUCCAGCGGCGUCCUCAAAUGGGUCGUCCCCCAACUCAUCGCCUGCUGGGACGACGAGCGCCAAGACAUCGACCGCACCUGCACCCGCAUCAUCGAGGGCGUCCUCCACCACCCCGCGCUCCGCCACGAGGGCCAAGACGGCGCCUCCGACGGCCGCCAACAAAUGUUCUCCGUCGUCGAGCAGUGGUGGACCUCCAAGGGCUCGGCUGAGCAGCGCGAGCUUCGCGGCAAGCUCAGCCGCAGCGGCAUCCAGAAUGGCGAGAACCACAAGGAGGGUGUUGUCGACACCGGCCACGGCUGCUGCAAGCCCAUUGGCAUGGCCAAGAGCUCUGCCAGCCAGGGUGCCGGCGGCGGCGGCGGCGGCGGCAUGAUCUCCGACCUCGUCGGCGCGCUCUCAGGCGGUCAGGAAGCUGCCUCCGCGGGCUCCGGCUACGGUCGCCCAACUAAAUCCUCCAACUCCGAGAUUGAGAAGUUCGCCUCCGAGGCAGCGGGCGGUGGAGCCCUCGGCGGCAUCGUCGGCGCCCUGGCCGGUGGCAUCGGCGGCGGUCUCCUCAGCGACGUCUUCGGCGACAAGGAGACCAAGAAGACGACCCAGAGAUACGAGUCCGGCGACGGCAGCGUGACGCAGUCGUACACCGAGUACGGCAGCAACAGGAACGAGACUGCCCAGGCGCAGUACUCCGAGACCAAGUACCCGAGCGGGGCCCAGACAUCCGAGUACGGCCGCUACGAGCAGUCGCAGUCGGGGCAGGCGUACGAGGGACACGUGCAGCGCCAGCAACAGCGCGGGAAUGAGGUUAGGACUGAGGAGUGGAGGCAGGGCCGUACUGCCGGGGGGGAUGAGUAUCAGACGGAGGUUAAGACGAAGGAGUAUCACAGCGGGGGGCGUGGGGGGAAGAAGGACUCGGAUGAUGAUGAUUCCGGGGAUGAUUCGGAUUAUAAGAGGAAGAAGAGGGAGAAGAAGGAACGCAAGAAGAGGGAGGAGAGAGAGAGGGAGCAGCAGCAGCAGUCCUCGGGCUAUGGUGGUGGUGGUGGUGGUGGAUACGGCCAAGAGAGCCGCCAUGAGGAGCGCAGCGGUGGGUAUGGAGAGCAGCGCCAGGAGCAGCGUCAGGAGUAUGGUGGUGGUGGUGGUGGUGGGUAUGGACAGCAGCGUCAGGAAUACGGUGGUGGUGGAGGCGGCUACGAAGAGCCUCGCCGUGAGCAGCGCCAGGAGCAGCAGUAUGGUGGUGGUGGCGGUUACGGCCAGGAGUCCCGUCGUGAGGAGUACGGUGGUGGCGGCGGCGGUGGAUAUGGUCAGGAGUCCCGUCGUGAGGAGUAUGGUGGUGGUGGUGGUGGUGGAUAUGGCCAGGAAUCCCGCCGCGAGGAGUACGGUGGCGGUGGUGGAGGCGGUGGAUACGGUCAAGAAUCCCGCCGCGAGCACCACGGUGGUGGGAGGAGGGAUGAUGAUGAUGAGCGUAGAGGAGGUGGGUAUGGUGGUGGGGAGGAGAGGAGGGAGCAUGGGAGGGGGGAUGAGUAUGGGAGGGGGGAGAGGAGGUAUUAGAUGUUGAAUAGUGGGGGGGUGGUGAUGGUUAUGGGUGAUGAUGGUGAUGAUGGUGAUGAUGGGUAUGAUGGGUAUGAUGGGUAUGAUGGUUAUGGAAAAUUGAUGGUUAUGGAUGAGGUGAUGAUGUUGAUAGUGAAAAGAUUGUUUAUGGCAAGGGGAUGAAAAAUAAAAACCUCGUUGACUUUCCUAGACCCUGAUCCCAACUACAUGCGUCGUUGUUGAUAAUAACCAGCC